AUGGGGAACGUUGUGGAGGUGACCGAAGGCAACACGACCACAAUUGAAGGGAGAAUUAUAGAGGAUGCUGAAACACCAACUCCGCCAAACCCCUCUGGCCAGUGCCCCAUCUGUCGCUGGAACCUGAAGCAUAAGUAUGAUUAUGUGGAUGUCUUGCUGCUGAGUCAGUUUAUCCGAUCUGAUGGAGGGAUGCUGCCACGAAGGAUCACAGGCCUCUGUACAGAGGAGCACAAGAAGAUUGCUGUCUGUGUGCAGAUGGCUCACCGUGCAGGUUUGUUGCCAAACCACAGGCCUCCGCUUCCUGAAGGGCAUAUUCCCAAGAAACCCAAGCUCAACAGGUAUCUGACCCGCUGGUCCGUCAAAUCUGCAAAGCCCAUCUGGAAGAGGGGCCCUAAGUGGUGCAAAAAACCCAUGCCAAUCGGACACCCUUUGCUGAAGGAUAAUGUCAAAUAUACACACAAGCCUCUCUAUUUAAACCACUAGUGGCCAGAACUGGCAUACUGAGUAAGCAUAGCUGUUUUCCACUGUUCUGCUUUUGUUUCAAGUUUGUCAGUAUCUCCAUUUUUCUUAUUCCAAAACUGUCGUUAAUACUCUACAUUGUCUCCAGUGAAUGAGCUGCGAUCUGCUCUAGGAAAAUACAAAGCAAAUUUCAAUGUGCAGAAUGAUUUGGAGAAAGCAGGGGGCAAAGACUUCUACCUCGAAGCCAGAAAGGAUCUGAAGGCCUUUGUUUCAUUAUGGUCCACAAUUGGGUUCGGAAAAGGAUGUUUCCUUCUUUUUCCAGCAAUGAAUUGUGAUUCCUCAUUAACGUGUGUUUCAACUCAGAUUUGCCUUAUUUGAGCUUUUGUACCGGUGAUACUGAUGGAGGAAAAAGUCUCCUGCAGCAUUAUGUUUCCUUGGCAGUAGCAGAAAUUGUUAAUGACUACUGAAAUUAAUUUUUUUAAUAAUCUGUACUAUCUAUAAUUUGCAGCCGAACACCUGUGGCAGUGGCAGACAGCCAUGUGUGCAUCUUACGUGUCCUGUUAAGGAUUCUUGGCUUGUGCUUCACUCCUGGAUCUAGCAAAUAUAGAAUGUUGACAUCCUUGAUGACUUGGCCUUUUUUUUUCCCCUUGCAAAUAUAUUUGCCACAAAUCUUC